UUCAAUACUCAUACUGUCAACUGAAAUUGCUCUAUUUUACCAAGAACUUUAAAGGAUAAAUUCACCCCCCAAAAAUUAAAAAGGUCAGUCAUUAUCCACUCAGCUACAUGCUGAUGGAGAGUUGGGUGAAGUUUCGUGGACCACAGUACAUUUCUGGAGCUUCACAGCGUCGCAGCAUUGCCUGAAGCAACUGAAAGAGAUGGGGACUUGUUUUAAAACAGGAUUAAAACAGCUCAUCCUGUGUAUUUCAAUUCUCUAUAAGUCCUGAGAUUCCAAAUUGAUUUGAAAGUACGUUAUUUAAACCCUUUUUCAAGCUGAAAUCUUCACGGUAGCUGCUAAGCUAGAAAUGUUAGCGCACACGCCAUCUGAAGUGGGCGGCUGCAUGUUGUGGGUGUAAACAAUUUCUUUUCAAAACAAUUUGGUGUCUGUGGAGACUUGGAUGAUGAUGGAUGAGCGGUUACAAUUGUUUAUUUUUCAGUUUUUGGGGUUUUUUUCUUACAUUUUAAAACAAGUCCCCAUCUACACCAGCUGUCAUUGAGGAUGCUGCGACGCUGUUUUCCUCUGCCAUCGACAUGAGGACUCACUUCGCCUCUUACUUUGGAUCGACACACCUUUUCCCGACAGUUCAACUCAGGAUCAGUCCAGUGCCCCGGGAGCAGCCUGCCCCUCCCCUGCCACAGAUACCUGGGAACCCUGUGAGAGCCACGGGGCGGAGGGAGUAGAGGGAGAAGGCUGUGCGCUCGGUCGGGAGCGCGCAAAGACUGCACAUUGGUCGGAUCCUGGAGUCGUGAGGAUGGAGAUCCGGCCGGACAGGUUUAAGGUCGUGGCAGCCAAGACUCUCGGGAAAAUCUACGGAGCUCUUGAGAAGAAGCAGGAAAAUGGCGAGACCAUCGAGCUGUCGGCAGAGGGCCGGCCGGAGCUGGUGGAGGAGAAGGAGAUUCCCAUUGUUGACUGCACAUGCUUCGGUCUGCCCAGGCGCUACAUUAUCGCCAUUCUCUCUGGAAUCGGCUUCUGCAUCUCCUUCGGUAUCCGAUGUAACUUGGGCGUGGCCAUCGUCAGCAUGGUCAACAGCCACACCAUCUUCAGAGACAACAAGGAAGUCGUAGUGAAAGCUCAGUUUGAUUGGGACCCAGAAACAGUGGGAAUGAUCCAUGGUUCCUUCUUCUGGGGAUACAUAGUUACCCAAAUCCCCGGAGGGUUCAUCUGUCAAAAGUUUGCAGCAAACAGAGUCUUUGGCUUUGCCAUUGUGGCCACGUCUUGCCUGAAUAUGCUCAUCCCCACAGCAGCAAGGAUGCAUUUUGGCUGUGUUAUCAUUGUCAGGAUCUUUCAAGGACUAGUAGAGGGUGUUUCAUAUCCGGCCUGUCAUGGUAUUUGGGCAAAAUGGGCACCGCCUCUUGAAAGAAGUCGCCUGGCCACAACAGCCUUCUGCGGUUCUUAUGCUGGUGCUGUGAUUGCCAUGCCAUUAGCUGGAAUUCUUGUCCAGUACUCAGGAUGGUCAUCAGUUUUCUAUGUCUAUGGAACUUUUGGGGUCAUGUGGUAUUGCUUCUGGUUCCUGGUGUCUUACGAAAGUCCAGCAGCCCAUCCCACCAUCACUGAGGAGGAGAGGAUAUAUAUUGAGGAAAGCAUUGGCAACACAGCACAGCAAGCAAUAACGAAAUUCAACACACCGUGGAGGGCCUUCUUUACAUCAAUGCCUGUAUACGCCAUCAUUGUGGCAAAUUUCUGCAGAAGCUGGACUUUCUAUUUGCUUCUCAUCAGCCAGCCUGCAUACUUCGAGGAGGUGUUUGGUUUCGAGAUUAGCAAGGUGGGCAUAGUUUCCGCACUUCCUCACCUCGUCAUGACCAUUAUCGUGCCCAUUGGUGGCCAGAUUGCUGACUAUCUGCGCUCCAAUCAAAUCAUGACCACCACGAACGUCCGGAAACUCAUGAAUUGUGGAGGGUUUGGCAUGGAGGCAACCCUGCUGUUGGUGGUGGGCUUCUCUCAUACGAAAGGUGUUGCCAUUACAUUCCUGGUCCUGGCUGUGGGUUUCUCUGGCUUUGCUAUUUCAGGUUUCAAUGUCAACCAUCUGGACAUUGCACCGCGCUAUGCUAGUAUCCUCAUGGGAAUCUCCAAUGGUGUGGGUACUUUGUCCGGUAUGGUUUGCCCACUUAUAGUUGGUGCCAUGACAAAGCAUAAGACACGAGAAGAAUGGCAGGGUGUGUUUCUUAUCGCCUCGCUUGUUCAUUAUGGAGGUGUUAUAUUCUAUGGCAUCUUUGCAUCAGGAGAGAAGCAAGCUUGGGCUGAACCUGAGCAACUGAGCGAUGAAAAAUGUGGCAUCCUUGAUGAGGACGAGCUCGCAAAUGAGACGGAGGAGCUGUAUCGCACAAGUGGCGGAGGAGGCUACGGAGCCAUGAACCAGGGAGCGGAUCCUAACGGAGGUGGGGGCAUGGCAGGGGGAGGAGGAGGCUGGGUCUCAGAUUGGGACAAAACUGAGGAGUACGUCCAGCCCACCGGAACCAAUAAUUACCUUUAUGGAGGAGAGGUGGACCGAGAUUUAACAUAAAACCAGGAGUGGUUUUAGUGAGGCUGAAACAUCAACAGUGUGGCGUCUCACCCGACAGCGUGAAGAACUUUUUAAAAAGGAAAGUGUGAGGGGACCAUUUUCAGCAAGCCUGACUGUACUAUCAUAACUGAACUGAAUUCACAGAGACUCCACAGUGAAGGCGAAGGCGUUAGUAAAUGUAAAAUGUGUGUUUGUGUGUGAUUGUGUACAUUGUGUGACAGACAAUCUAAGUAAGAGUGUUUUAGACUCAUCAGCCUCCCUGCAAAUCUCUCUUGGAGGAGGGCUGUGUGGCUUACUUUGAUGUUUAUUCAUUGUUUUAAAAAAAAAUGUAGGAAUUUCUAUACUAUCUAACAGGAUUUGGGUAUCAUUUGUAUACCUCUCACUUAUAUUUGAAUCAUUCAAGAUUAAGAAUCUCUAAGUGCACAUUGGUCACAAGCACAUUUCUACUGUUGGGUGAAAACCUGUUGAGUUAAUUGGUUUUUAAAAAAGUUUAAUCAACGGUUGUAGAAUUUGUACCUCCACUGAAGUCAAAACAGGAAGUCAUUAAAAUGGGAGUGACAAGGAUUUCAUACAGUCUUAUGAGACCUUUUUCCCUGAAAAUGAUGUUAAGUUUUGUCCUUAAUGUGCACACUUAUAAGAAAAAGCAUGUUACUUGUGCCAAUACAACAAAAUAUUUUGCUCUUUAGUAUUGGUUUACACGUCUACUGAGAAACUGAUUGAACACCUGCAAAUAUUACUGCGCACAGCUUUCUGUGAAGUCUAACUAGCCCAUGCUGACAUCUAUAGCUGCAGCAUUUUGAUUUCCUCAUGCAAACAUUGUGUACUAGGCCUCAAACCUGUCGAAUAAUAAAAAAAAAAAUGCCUCGUAUAGGACAAGACAGAAUGUAAUUAUCCAGGGUAACAACAAUUCUUUAUCAAUAUAGUGUCUUAGUUUAGAGCCACUUUUUAUCGCUUUGUCAUAAUCCAACAUCUGAUUUUUCUUUUGUUCAAAAUGCUUUACACGUAAUCUAUGCUUCAUUUAUGUUAUUUUAUCAUGUUACUGUGUUCAUUCCCUGAGUGUAAACAUCAACAGAAGCACUUUGCUGUCACCAUAUAACAUAAAAACCCCAACACACGCCAGUCUCUGCUACACAAAACACACUGAGCCUAGGCUUUUGUAUGGUGCUAGGUAUAUAACACGUCAUAAUUAAAACCUGUGCGAAUAGAGCCAUCACGUAGGUGUCAGUCAAUUUCGUUUAAAGCUGGUCUUUUCUGAUUACCCUCUGAUUACGCUUUAUUUUAGAGUGCAGCAAAUUGCAGAUACACUAAAAGAUCAAAUAAAGAUCAAUUUAAAAAAAAACAGAUGGACAACAAAAUGAUGACAUUUCACUGUACAUGAGCAAUUUGUUUUAUUUUUGUUAGUAGAUGUUGUAAUGUAUGUAGCUAGCCCCCGAAAUGAAGGUUUAAGAUGGAACAAAAAUAUAUCCCUGUGUUAGAUCACAGAACGGUAUCAUUUUGGCUGAUACGGUUUCACUGAGUGGAGUUAACUGAUAGUGUCUAAACGAAAUGUUAGGGUUUUUACUGUUUUUGUCAUUUUUCAUUAAUUUCUUGUUAAAUGUUUUGUUCUGGAUUGUAAACUCAAACUGUAUAUGUAUAAAUCAUGUACAUGUGGAAUAUAUUGUAUAAUAAAACCUAGAGGUGGU